CAGCCCGCACUUCGACAGGGGUAGUUUUGUUUCGUGAACAAAUAAAGCGCGGGUUCCGGAGGAGACUCGCCGGAUACCGCCCUCCUCCGCUCCUCCGAGCUCCCACCUCCGCUCCACCUGCGGCAGUGUGCGUGCGUGUACUACGAUGCGAGGCGUGUUAAUGUGUGCGUGCGUGACGCUGCUGGGCGUGCUCGUCCUCACCGGAGGAGAGGAGCGGACUGACAUGUCGCCGGUUCCCUUCGUGAUGGGCUCCCGGUACGGACGCUCCCCCGCGCGUCUCAUCACCCCCCGGAACGACAGGUUUUUCAUGGGCAGUCGUUACGGGAAGCGCUCGGAUGCUGGAAGAGAGGUCCGCGCCCUGGUCUGCGAGUACACCGGGGUGGGCCCACUCUACCGCUGCGUCAAUCAGAACCGAAGGCUUUACGAUAAGAGAAGCCGGUCUUCCGAGGACGUGGAGCGCGGGGAGCAGGGGUAAAGGCACACCAACACACACACCACCACACGCACAGACAGACGCUCGCACGCACAAGAAGCUACGUACAGAAGUAUCUGAAACUGGCGGAAAUCAUCUAAUGCUUUAACAAUCAUUAUCGAUAAUGUAUUUUAUUGCGUAUUCUAACGGACAAAAUAGACUUUACCAUGCCAAUGAGGCUGCCGGUGCAGCAUUGCAACUCACACGCUAUAUGAAAAAUUUCCAUGAUGUUACAAUGCGUACUGUCUUAUCCUUAUCCCGUAACGCUCAGCGUCGGACCAUGGACCCACAGUCGAGAGCAAUUGAUGUACGGAUUAGCAGUACGUCCUCUACACCAACACACAGUCAUACAUUAUACAAUAUCUAGUCAGUACAUCAGCACAACGUGAUGCGGCGUGCGGUGACGGCUGGCGAGGCUGGGUCGCCGCUCGUCACCGUCACGUCUCCGUCACGUCACCGUCACGUCUCCGUCACGUCUCCGUCGUCCAUACAAUACCAUGCAGUCGUCGCAGUAAGCUGUUACAACAUCUGUGUUGUCGUGAGGAGGUUCCCGGACGGUGUUAUGUUAUGUUUAAUUAAAUGUAAUCACUAAAUAACAAACGAUAUAUUUAGCGAAGGUUGUUGUAAUUAAUAAAAUAUCA